AUGGCUGAGGAUAUAACAAAUGUGACAGCAGCCCUACGCGAUGUACGCGUACAAAUACCACACGCUGUGCGUCGGGGCGAGAGGGCCAUACUCAAAUGCCUUUAUGAUUUGGAAGGCGAUAGCCUAUAUUCGGUUAAAUGGUACAAAGGACGGCGGGAAUUUUAUAGUUUUACACCAAAGGAGACACCCGCAAUGAAAGUUUUUCAAUUUACUGGUGCUGGAAUUAAACGUUCCCAAUCAAACGAAAGCCAAUUGGUAUUGGAGACGGUAAAUGCCAUCACCACCGGCAAAUACAGUUGUGAAGUUUCAGCCGAUGCUCCAUCUUUUCAUACACUGAUUGCAGCUGCAGAAAUGGAGGUAGUUGUCGUUCCCGCCCGAGAUCCAAUUAUAAGCGGCAUACGUUCACGUUACAAAGUUGGUGAUAUAGUGCGAGGCAAUUGUACCUCUGGACACUCAAGGCCAGGUGCAAACAUAACGUGGUAUAUAAAUGGUUAUGAGACAAAUCCGGUGCACAUUAAACACUACAAGCCGUUAAAGGACGCACGUGAAAUGGAGACAGUAAUAUCGGGCAUACAUUUUGUGGUAACGCCACAACAUUUUAUUUAUGGCAAAUUAAAAAUACGCUGUACAGCCCACAUCCACGAUGUUUAUUGGAAAUCCACGGAAAAGUCUGUUGAAGAAAAUCGCCAUGCCACCAAACAGUCGGGCAAUGUCAAUGUGGUGCACACAUUCUCAGAUGAUUAUUUUGAUAUGGAUGAUGAGGAUAAUGUCAUUGAUCGCUCCGAUACAUAUAUGACACACAUCAAAGGUGAUGUAUCAUCGCUGAAUGCCAGCGGCGGUUCAUCCACUUUGCAUCAACAACAUUGCAACUAUCUUUCCUAUCCCACCAAAUACCAGGAAAUCCAAAAGAACAACCCUCUUACCAUCAACCUCUCCACCACAACGAAAUCCAUCAACAGCAUCUUUGCUACAUCAAACGAAUUCAACGUAACCAACUUUUCACAGCUAACCAAUGUGGUUGGAUGUUUGCAGACAAAACUAAUGUUGGAUACAACAACACCAAAAUUUUAUAUCAUGCAUACGUAA